AGGUUUAUUUUGAUUGAUUAGGAUCUAGUAUUAAUCUUUGGUUUCAAGAAGGAGAAUUCAGGUCUGCAGGCUUUAAGCGUAGUCUUUAGAUCGGCAAGAUGGUUUCAUUCGAGAUGAACGACCGGAAAAAGAUCGGGCUAGGAUUGACAGGGUUUGGCAUAUUUUUCUCGUUUCUGGGAAUUGUCUUUUUCUUUGACAAGGGAUUUCUUGCCAUGGGUAAUAUACUCUUCUUGUCAGGCUUGAUGUUAACUAUUGGACUAAAGUCCACCAUGCAAUUCUUCAUGAAACGCCAGAACUACAAGGGUACAAUCUCGUUUGGUUCUGGCUUCUUCUUUGUCCUUGUUGGGUGGCCUCUCCUUGGCAUGAUCUUUGAAGCUUAUGGGUUCAUCGUACUCUUCAGUGGUUUCUGGCCUACGCUGGCAGUUUUUCUCCAAAGGAUACCAAUACUUGGCUGGGUGUUCCAACAGCCAUUUGUGACUUCGUUCUUUGAUAGGUACAGGUCCAGACGGGUGCCCGUAUGAAGUCUCUGAAUCCGUGGAGCAGUGAAGAAGCACUGCAGAACAUUUUCCCCCUUGUAAGAUAACAUCUGACCGAGAUCCAAUGUCUUGUUUUCACCCAUAUUAUGACGAGUUAAAGAUUUACUUGAUUGGUGAUAUAUCCCUUUUCUGUAUAAUUCAAAAUUUGUGUAAUCAUUUCACCA